AUGUUUGUUCCCUUGCCGGUGCCGUUCGUGUUUCAGAGAACUGCCCCUGACCUCAACGCCUGGCGUCUCAAGUCCCCUCUGGCUCUCCGCUCCAACUCCGAUAUUAGGAUGUCAAAGCCAGUAGAGGUUGAGAAACUAGGGGCUGACUCUCCAUUGGAGAGCACAGAUUCAGAACGGAAUGGUCCCGAAUCUAAUCACCAGGCUCAGUCAAUGAAAGUCAACCCCUUUACCCUUUCACCAACCCUGAGCAGCAGCAAGAAUAAGAUGGAGGAGUGUGGUGAGAUGUCCCCGGCCCUCCCUCCCUCCCACGGCCCGACCCCCCCACAGACCGCCCUGCAACACACACAGCUCAUGCUGGCCGGCUCCCAACUGGCAGGGGACAUCCAGCAGCUGCUGCAGCUUCAGCAGUUGGUGUUGGUGCCUGGCCACCCACUCCAGUCUCCUGCCCAGUUCCUCCUCCCACAGCCACAGCAGGGCCAGCAAGGACUCCUAUCGACACCAAAUCUAAUUCCGCUACCUCAGCAAAACCAAGGGGGCCUACUGUCUGCUCCAACUAGACUGGGACUCCAAGCACAGAGAGAUAAGAGUGUGGAAGUGAGCGGUGGUGGAGGCGUCACUGCAGUGCCCUCAGUCACCUCACACCCCGAGGAGCCCAGUGACCUGGAGGAGCUGGAGCAGUUCGCCCGCACCUUCAAACAGAGACGCAUCAAACUGGGCUUCACGCAGGGUGAUGUCGGCUUGGCCAUGGGGAAGCUGUAUGGGAACGACUUCAGCCAGACCACCAUCUCCCGCUUUGAGGCCCUCAACCUGAGCUUUAAGAACAUGUGCAAACUGAAGCCGCUGCUGGAGAAGUGGCUCAAUGACGCAGAGACCAUGUCCAUAGACAGCACCCUGCCCAGCCCCAGCUCCCUAUCCUCUCCCUCUUUGGGCUUCGAGGGGCUUCCUGGUCGGCGCAGGAAGAAGAGAACCAGCAUUGAGACAAAUGUCCGCGUGGCCCUGGAGCGCGCCUUCAUGACGAACCAGAAGCCUACCUCAGAAGAGAUCUUGCUAAUUGCCGAGCAGCUCAACAUGGAGAAGGAGGUGAUCCGCGUCUGGUUCUGCAACCGCCGGCAGAAAGAGAAACGCAUCAAUCCCUCCAGUGCCACCCCUCCCCUGCCGAGCCAGCCCCCCACUGCCCCACCGACGCACAAGCCCCCCUGCUAUAGCCCCCACAUGAUGUCCAGCCAGCUGUCCCAGGCCGUGACCAGUCUCAGCAGCACAACAGUGACCACCAUGUCCUCCAUCUGCCCCCUGACCUCCAGCCUCACUUCCACCCACCCCUCCCUCAGCUCUGCCCACCCCUCGCUCAGCUCUGCACCCUCUCCAGUGACUCCUCCUCCGCCCCGCAGCACAGCCAGCCCCGCCACUCCCAGCCACAGCACACUCAACCUUAACACAGGCUUAUGGCGUAUGGCUAAAAAGAACGGUGACGUGUCUAACUACAUCACCGAUUUUGCUGCAAACUUGAGGAACACUGUGAUGGGAGUUAACACAGGGAUGAACCAAGCUCUCCUCGGUAACAAUCCCCUGGCUACUAUCCAAGCCCUAGCAGCCAGUGGUGGCCAGCUGCCUCUUUCCAGUCUUGAGGGGGGCAGCAAGGUGAUGUUGGGGGCCUCUGGGGGCCAAGGAGGGGGGCUGCCCUCCUCCCUCUUCCUCAACCACCCUGCCCUCCUCCACAUGGGCCAGACUCCUGGCACCGGGCUGAUCAGCGCCGCCGUGGCCAAAGCCUCCCAGCCCUCCCCCUUCCCCUCAGCCAGCAGCAUCAGCCCCACCCCCUGCUCCCCGUCCCCCUGCUCCAGCCCCGCCUCUUCCUGUUCCUCCAGCGAAAUGGCACACAGCCCGCCCUCUCUGGGAGGGGCCAAGAUCGAGUGACCACGCCACGGGCCAAUCAGAGAGGAGGAGGAAGGAGGAAACGAGAACCUCGCCUUUCACACCAAAGCUAUCUCUUUCUCUCUCUUGUGCUCUUCUUCCGUUUUUUUUCGCAAUGGCUAUCUCUCUCUCUUUCUCUCCCAGUCUUUCGAUGCCAAAAAUACACAGAAUGAAAGAGGAGAGAGGGAGGGAAAGAAGUGAUAGAGGGGAGAAGGGGGGAAAGAGGAAGAUUGAAACCAAAAACCUUUAUCUAUCCAAACAGAUGGAGAGGAGGCAACGUGGGACCUUUUUGUCAAUAAUGCGCGAUAUCAACGUGGCACCUCUCCGCUCUUUCUGUCUAAUGGAAAACAAACCAAUGACUCAUUAACAAAGAGACGGAGGAGAGGGCAGAGAUACGUGUUGAAAUGCAUAAACCAAAAUGACAAAAGAUAACUUUACUAUGUGACAAGGGAAUGGCGGCAAGGACAAAAAGUGGAGAGGAGGACUGUGUUUAUGUUUUCGUUUUUGUUUCGUUCUUUGAUUUUUUCUCGAAAAGCUGCGGGUUUGAAGGAAGAGGAGUUGGGAGGAUGAGUUUAAACCAAAAAUUUACCUGAGGAGGAGGAGGAGGAACACACAAUGACAAAAAAAAAAAAAAAAAACGACAACCAUACCAAAAUCCCAAAUACCAAAAACCAAAAAUACGGAGAGAAAAGCUUUAUUCAAAGGACGUGUAAAUACUGAAGCUAUCCAGGACCAGGACUCUACUGCUACUGCUACUCACACACACGCACAC